CUUCCAUUUCAGAAUGAUGAUCUAGACCUGGAAGCAGCUGUAGCAAGUGCCCGCCCCCAGCUAGUGGAGUUCCUUAGUCAUCGUCCUGACUGGCUGCUCACGACCUCCCAGCACUUCCUCCCAAGGAUGGCCCUGAGUGGCUUGGAUGGCAUCACCGACCACAGAGAAAAAGUCUCAGUGCUUCUUGACCUGCUGGAGAAGGCUGGCCCUACCACCUGGAGGCAGUUUACACAGUACCUCUGCAUGGAGUGCAACCUCCCCCUGGAUCUGGAGAUACUGCUCAUGAGUUCUACGGGAGAAGGUAACUUAAGCCAGAAACAAGAGGCAUGCACAGAUGUGAGUGCCCGGUCAUCGCCAAAAGGGUUUGCUCGCCGCCGCCAUCACAGCAGCUCUGUGAGUGAUAAGGAUGUUAAACAGCAACGACUAGAUCCAGCUGCAAAGUACCGGCAUCUCCUCAUCGAUUCUAUCUGCCAGAGAUAUGGAAGCAGGAGAGCAGCAGGAGCAGCAGCACAGGAACAAAUGCAGCCACUGGCUUUCAACCAAGCCUUUGUCAACCUUGUCAUUCGGCAGAGCAAAGUCCCCCGCUUAAAAGAGAGAACAGAUAAACCCCGAGGGGAUGUGGCAGGUGUUCCUGAACCAGAAGAAUGUGCGGAUACAACCAUGAAAGUGUCAGAUCUGUUUUGUAGUGUGGUCCCAUCGGACACGACAAAGGUGAUCUUUUUGUUUGGUAAACCAGGUACAGGCAAGACCAUGCUAAUGCACAGGAUUUGUCAGAAAUGGGCAGAAGGUAUCCUGCCUCAGUUUCUCUUCACUUUCCUGUUUGAGUUUCGGCAGCUGAACUUGUUAAAAAGAAAAUUGACUCUGAAGGAGUAUUUGUUUGACCUGUUCCUUCAGCCAGAAGACAGCCCUGAUGCAGUGUUCCAGUACCUCCAGGAAAAUGCCUGGCGUACACUGAUUAUCUUUGAUGGGCUGGAUGAGUUUGCAGCUAACAUGGAUGUGUCAUCCUGUUCUGAGGGAGGCCCAACUCUUACCUCCCAUAUGUCUGUAUCUGAGCUCUUUGCAGACCUCUGUCAUGGGAAGCUCCUGCCUGGUUGCACAGUGUUGGUCACCAGCCGACCUAAGAGACUACCUGACUUCUUAUUAAACACAGUAGAUCUGCUAGCAGAAAUUUGGGGAUUUGACUGUGAGAGGGUUGAGGAAUAUGUCAGCCACUAUUUUCAUCAGCAUUCAUUCAAGGAACAAGCCAUUGCUCACCUGAAGAACAACACCAAGCUCCUCAGCAUGUGCCUCAUCCCUGCUCUGUGUUAUGUUGUGUGCAUCUGUUUGGAGUAUUUGCUCCUUAAACAUCAGAUGAGUGUGGAGCUUCCUCAGACUAUGACACAGUUUUAUAUCAAAAUGCUUCUCAUCUUCAUAAACAAACAGCAGGGAGAGUGUGCAGGUGGUGAGGAGGGUCAGCUGAAGUGUAACAGGAAGGCCAUUUUGGGUCUCUGUGAUCUUGCACUGAAAGGCCUGGAAGAUAAGAAGCUUGUAUUUUAUGUUGGUGAUAUUCCAGAGCACGUAAAGGAAUUUGCUUCCUUACAUGGGUUGCUGACUGUCUUUGAGGUGAAGAUGAGUGGCACUUGCCCAGAGGCUGGCUAUGCCUUUGUGCACUUGAGCUUGCAGGAGUUUUUUGCAGCACUGUGUCUCAUGGUAAGUAAGAGGGUUGACAGGAACUACCUGAAGAAGAAGUUCUCUUUGAAGUCAAAGUGGACUUUAAAGAAUGAGGCAAAGACUGAGUUCAUGGAGAGUUUUCACAUCUUUCUCUCAGGCUUGUCGUCAAAAGAAUGUAGGACAUUUCUCAUGCUGCUAGCUGAACAAGAUGCAGCUUGGGUGCAGGAUAAGCAGGAUGCAAUCCUACAGUCUCUCCAGAAACUGGCAGCCACUCAUCUGACAGGGCCUAAGGUCAUUGAGCUCUGCCAUUGCACAUUUGAAACGCAAGACCUCAAAGUAGCCCAGCACAUCGGGAGCCUGCUGAAUUUCAAGUACAAGUUUAAAAACUUUAGACUGACACCUCUGGACAUGUCGGCUUUGGUUUUUGUCAUAAACUCGGGCCAGGAUUUGACUCAUUUGGAUUUUGCAGGGUGUCUCAUGGACAUUGACUGUUUGGACGUUCUGGCCGGCUGUAAAAAUGUAGAGCACUUGAGCUUUCGUAGUAGGAGAUGUGGCGAUGACUUUGCUGCUGCUCUUUCAAAGAGCUUACGAGGAAUGUGGAACCUGAAGAAACUAGAGUUGACAGGCGGGAGUAUCACAGCUGAGGGGAUGACUAACUUGGUCCAGGCUUCAUCACAGUGCCUCCAGCUUGAGGCAAUAAACUUGCAGGACAAUCAGAUAAAGGAUCCGGAGGUGAAGAGGGUGAUGGACCUGUUUUCCAGAAUGGAAAAGCUUAAGAAAAUAGAUCUGAGCAACAAUGAUCUUUCCUUGAAUGCUGUUCUCAUUCUGGCAAAGGAAGUCAUCGCAUGUCAAAACGCUACUGAACUGCGUGUCAGGAAGGGCACAGUGAUGAUAUAUUUUUCUGGCCCAUCUGGGAAAGUUCCAAGAUCUUUGGAUUUGAGGAGGGAAGAGAAUAAGGAACAUGUAAUUCCAGCUAGACAUGUGAAGAUAUGCUUGCAGGAUCUCAGCCUGUCUUCCCAACAUGCAAAGGAGAUCAUUGCCAUUCUCCAGAGCUGUCCCUGUCUCUCCGAAGUGGAUUUAUCAGGUAACAAGCUUGGAGAUGAAGGCUGCAGUUGCCUGCUGGAAAGCCUCCCUUGGAUAUCAAUUUCAAAGCAGCUGGAUCUCAGUCAAAACUGCCUCUCUGUUAAUGGCAUUUGCAGUCUGUUGAAGUCAGUAAAUACCUGCCAGAAGAUGAUGGAAGUACAAGUCAGCCUUUCUCGUGAGACUGCAGUCCUGAGGUUUACAGAAGACAGAGAGUUUGCUUCUCUUCCUCCUAGGGAAGAGCCUGUGUUCUCUACUGAUGACCGACAAUAUGGAGAGGAAAACCAGACACCUACUGCUUCAAAAAAAAUAAGGCUGACAGAUAGUUGUUUUCAAGCCGGUGACCUGGAGAAGCUGUGUGCAGUCCUGAAGGAAUGUAACAGCGUCUCUGAGCUGGACCUAUCAAAUAAUUAUCUGGGAGAUGAGGGACUUUUGCAGCUGUUUCAGUUCCUCCCAAAUUUGAAAACGUUAACUUCUCUCAAGCUUAAUGACAACCAGAUCUCCCUGAACUCUGUGUUUUUCUUAGCUCAGUCCUUAUCUACAUUGGAACAUAUCAAAACAAUGAACCUCAGCUUAGGACACGCACAGGUGGUUCAUCUAACCUUUUGGGAAAGAACCAGGGUCAGAAGUACCAGCAGAUGGAGAAGUAGUUUCCUGGUGCAUCCCAAGCACGUAGCAAAAGGAUGGUGCUUUCGUCUCAGGGACUGCAGAGUGGGUCCUGAGGAUGUGACCAGGCUGUGCCAGAUACUGACUCAAUGUCCCCAGCUGGCAGAAAUUGAUCUGUCUGGAAAUUCAUUGAGUGACCAGAGCAUUGAGAGAUUACUGAGCUUCCUGCCAUACCUCUGUAAUCUGAGACUACUGAGUAUUAGGAACAACAUGUUUUCCCCAUGUUGCACUGUCUUACUCAUUAACUCCAUCAACCUCUGUGAGCGGAUCAAAAUGGUAGAAGUCCGGUCAAGUGAAAAUGCUAUUUUGCAUUUAGGAGCAAACAUGCAAAGCCAAAAGACAUCCUGCAGGCUGACGGACUGUGCCAUUGGUCAAGGACAGAUAGAUGAGCUCUGCAGAGUCCUGGAGCAGCAUGGGUGGCUGGCAGAAGUAGAUCUCUCCAGGAAUCAGCUGGGAGAUGAAGGCCUGAGGUGCCUCUUGGACUACUUGCCUCGAGUGCCCGUUACCUGUUCCCUCAAUCUCAGCCAUAAUAGGAUUUCUCAGGAUGGAGUUCUGCAUCUCAUAAAUGUCUUUGCCACAUCUGGAAAUACCACUGAAGUUCAAGUCAGUUUGUGUUCCAAAGCAACUUUAAUUAUCAAGUUGACAAGCAGAGAUGACCCAAGAAAGAUUUUGAGACUCGCAGAGUGCAACUUUCAGCCAGAGCACUUGGAAAAGUUGUGCUUGCUCCUGGAAAAGUGCACUGGUCUGACAGAGUACAUAUCCUCAAAUAACAACAUGACAGUCCAAGCUGCAGAAAGACUUUUGCAUUCACUGAGGAAAAAUCUGGGUCCUCUGAAAAUCAGCAUAGAAGAGCCAUGGGUAUGUAAAAAAGGUGUCACAAACCUUCUUGAGCUGGCUGUCCAGGCCUGUGGAAACAUUACUGAGAUCACGAUAUGUAAAGAGAAAACCCUCUUGCAAUUAGGUGUAAGGUUCCCAUGCUGCCUGGAGAAGGUGGAAUCAGUUGUUAGCAGGUGA